UUUUGGCGACAGUCCUAGGAAAAGCGGCGCUAAUAACAGAUUUAUGGACGAAAUAUACCUAUAUUGCUAUCCCUGGUUCAUUCGUUUUCUGGGUGGUUUUCAUCAUCAUCUAUGGCACGAUCGCUCCGAAACUGAAAUUUUCAGAAGAAUACCAUGGCAUCGUCCCAAAGCUGUUUUCAAGUCCAGUAUUUUACUUCACUGUUUUGCUUAUUCCAGUGAUUUGUCUUCUGCGAGAUUAUGCAUGGAAAUAUGUGAAACGCAUGUACCAUCCACGAAGCUACCACGUCGUGCAGGAAAUACAAAAAUUCAACAUUCCCGAUUACCGACCGCGUAUGGAACAAUUCCAAAAAGCAGUCAAAAAAGUUCGUGCGGUACAACGAUUACGAAGAACUCGUGGUUUUGCGUUUUCUCAGAACGAGUCAGGUCAAGAAGCUCACCUCAUCAGAGUAUACGAUACUACUGUGGCAAAACCCAAGGGUUAA